UCCUGGCAGCCAGCAGAGGCACAGAUGGAGCCACGGUGGCAGUACCAAUUCCGGGUGAUCAUGCUGGGGGACUCAACAGUGGGGAAAUCUUCCCUGCUGCAAUGCUACACCGAGGGUGUCUUCCUAGACACUGUCAACCAGACAGUGGGGGUGGAUUUCUACGUCCAAUUCGUGGAGCUGGAGCCAGGGCUGCAAGUGAAGCUGCAGUUCUGGGACACAGCCGGGCAGGAGAGAUUCAGGUCCGUGACUCGCUCCUACUACCGCAACUCGGCUGGGGGGAUGCUGCUUUUCGACCUCACUAACCGCGCGUCCUUUGAGAGCAUCCGGCAAUGGCACCGGGAGGUGACUGACACAAUCCAGCCAUUCCGUAUGGUCUUCCUGCUGGUGGGGCACAAGAGUGACCUGUCUGGGCAGCGCCGGGUGGGCCAGAGAGAGGCGGAGAAGUUGGCGGCCUCACUGGGUGUCCAGUACGUGGAGACCUCAGCCAAAGACGCUUCCAACGUGGUCCAGGCCUUCCAGAUGCUGACAGUGGCCAUUUACCAAGCGCUGCAGACAGGGCAGUUGGUGGCCACUGAGACAUGGGACGGGGUGAAGAGCAGCGUCCCGCUGCCAGUGCUGCCCAAGGCUCAGGCACUGGAGAAGAAGCAGAAGAAAUGCUCUUGCUAGAGCUGGGGACACUGGCAAGGCAGGCACACGCUGGGCUCAAGAGGGGAAGUGGAUAUGGAGCAGCCAGGCACAGGCAGGAGUGGCACGGCCACAUUAAAUACCUCUGGUCACCCUCUGCCUGCCUGUGUUUUCCUGGGAAAGAGGAAGCGUGUUGGAAGGGUGAAGUCCUCCAGUGGGACUUCACAGGCCUGCAGAAGUCAAUGUCAACCCUUCUCCUAUUCUCUCUUGUACUGACUGAGAUCCUAAUCAUAAAGCCCUGAAUUCUUUAAGUCUUCCCAAAUAGAAUUAAAAGUGACAAAUUUAUCAUGGAACUCAGAUAAUGUAUCUGCCAUUCUGGCUGAGUACAUGCCUAGUUGAGCCCAAAGGAAAAAGAAUGACAUACCAUUCUGAGGAAAUGCCUGCUUUCCCUUUCCGAUUGAUCUUCAUACAAUGUAAUUUGCAAAAAAACCCUCCGUACAAGGCUUCAGAAAGGAGCUCACCAGGCUCCUCAUCCCACAGUGACAUGAGGAAUGAGCCUGGGAUGGUCCUAGAAUCACUUCACGCACCCUGGUUUCCCCUACAGCUACCAGAAGCCUCCAGAAAGCUGGACAGGGAGGAUGAGCCCAGCUCUGCCUAGGGCUGCAGGAGCCUUCCUGUCAUGGAAGGGCGUUUGCAGUGCUGUCAACUCCCUCAUCCCCAUAACAGCCCCUGGAGCUUCCCUGAGCAGAACAGCAGGAACAGGCAGGGGCAUGUGGCCUUUUUAAUGUCCAGGCACAGACAGGACUGGGGAACCUUGACUUCAGGAACAUCAUGUCACAACAUCCCCCUCCCAACAGUCCAAAUAUCCCUACAAUUGGGAAGGGACUCACUCUGAGCUGGAGGUCAGGGGGGAAGUCACCUGGCCAUCCUUGAGUGGCAAGUGAGGGACUGGCCAAAUCCUUGUGAUCUAGAAGGGUCUGGAGGGGAAAACCUCUGGAAGAGCAGCUGAAGGCACUUGGUUUGCUCACCCUGGAGGAAACAGGAGACUCACCAGUGUCUGCAGCUCCUCCCAAGGGACACCUCCGAUCUCUGCUUCCAGUGACCAGGGACAGGACCCAGGAAACAGCUGAAGCUGUGUAAUUUGAUAAUUGCACUUGCAAUUGAAAUAAUAGUGUAUUAGGAAACAGUUCUUACCCCAGAGGGUGCUUGGCAACGCACGGCUGCCACAGCUCCAGAGAGCACUGGACAACGCUCUCAGGCAUAGGGUGGGAUUGGUGAGGUGUCCUGGGCAGGCCAGGAGCUGGACUCAAUAAUCCUUGGGGAUCUUUUCCAGCUCAGGAUAUUCCAUAAUUCUGCUCUCAGAUCUCUCACAGAACAGCACCACACACGGAGCUGAGGUGACAGGGCCCCUGCCAUCCCUGUGCAAUGCUGCCUAAAGAGCACAAGCCUAUGCCAGCAGCUUAGAAUAAUUUCUUUAUUCAUGAAAAACAAAUGCAAGUAUUUAUAUAAACACUGACAUUACAAAGUACUGGACCAGAUACGGGCAGGAAGGAGGAAACAAAAACCUCUACAGAUGCUUCUAAUACUGU